AUGGCGGCCGCCCUCGGCCGGUGCCGCGCGGGUCGCCUGGCCCUCGGAUCCGCGUCGCAGCGCGCCGCGCGUGCCAUAGCGCGCAGUGCUGCAUCUGGUCGCGCGCGCGCCUGGCUCCGCCAGCGGUUUUUUUGCCCACGCCCCGAGCAGCAGUUUCCAUCCGGCAGGGGUGUCGCCAAGAGGAGGACAACGUGGAGGAAGAGGAAGAUCUUGGACCAGAUGUCGAGCUGUGUCGCCGACGACACCGCUGCCGAUCAUCAGCCGGGCCCCGAAAAGGGUACGCCACAGUAG